ACGAGGAGUCAGGCAGAUGUUCAAAUUUCCAUGUAAAGAGUAAACAAACACGAUUAAAAUUUUAUUUAGUAUUAUUAUUAUUGUCCUGUUAAGCCAAUAAAAUGGAAGAGGUAGACGCAGUUCUUCUUGAACCACAAUAUCGAUUCUGCAGUUCAUGUCUGGAGCAUGUGUGGGGGGCAAGUUGUGAGUGUCCCACUCCCUACACUGGAUUUAAAGAAUCUACCGUUUUACCGUAUAUCGAAAAUCAAAAGUACACUUUCGGAAGCAAGUACAUGUCGAGGGAGGACCAAGGCGAGUUCAUCUUUGUCCAGACUACCAAAAAUCCAGGCAAUCUGGCCGAAAUUACCUGUUCAGGUGGAAGUUACUGGAUUACACCAGCCGGCAAACGUGUGGCUUUGGUCAAUGGUUACCGGUUAGAGAAAAACUGUCGCAGGAAACUCAAGUAUAGCGAUAAGAUAGCUUUACUUGGCAAAGUUCGACCGAGACGAGGACUUAAUACUCCAGGGAUUAAACAUGAAUCUCUGAACGGAUUCUUCCUCUUUAAAGAAGGUUAUCGACCCAUCGAACGACAAAAUGCGGAGGAUCCGAGCAUGACAGGUGACGAGGACAGUGUCGAAUUCACGCCAGGACAAAAUCAUCUUAUCUUGUCCCACAUUUUUUCCUACUUGACCUUCAACACUCUCAAAAGGGCACGAUUAGUAUGUACCAAAUGGGACGAGGAAGCUGUUCGAAUUUUAAAGAAAAAAUCUACCGUUUCCUUCAACUUCCGAGACUUGUAUGAGGGCCCAAUCCAGCCGAUGAGGUUGCUUCGAUACAUUAAAGAAAUGAAAAACCUGCAACUACCCAGUUUGACCUUGGAUCUCCCCCCUUUCACUGCCGUAAAUAACCCAGACCCGCAAGAAGCCGAAUUACUUCUGAAACUGGCCGACGAUCUGACCUGGUUCCUGUCAGAUCGAGGAAGCCACAUCACCCGGUUGAAUUUGGAGGGAAGAAUCUUUUCCCGAUCCGAUUACAAGAUUCAUCUCGGCAUUCUCAUCAAACUCCAAGCAACCCUUUGCGACCUAGAGCUAUCUUGGAAUUUUGACUUACGAGAUGAAUCCAGCCAAGACUACGCAUUUCCCACGGAGGACCUCCAUCUCAAUAAGCUUGAAGCAUUCACCUUCUCCGUGAGGUUUGGUCGUACCCCUCCUGUCAUCACCCAACGGACCAUCAUAUCCUCCUGGGCGGCAGCAGUUCAGGGCGUCAAAACCUUCCAAGUUAAUUACUGUGAGCAAGAAUUCCUCACCUGUUUGCUCCGGUAUGAACAGCCCUUCCCCAAACUGGAAGCUUUUACUACCCGCUCGACACAACAAAUUGUUCUCGACUUGCUUUUCAAAUUGACUAAUCCCUUGAAGAUGCUGAUACUGAACAAUUUAGGACGUUUGGAACCAGAGAAUUUCGCCAGGUUGGAAAAUUUACUCCUGAAGCAUGCCGACACAUUGGAAGACUUGCAGUUUAUGGAUGAUGUCUCGCACCACGGCCAAGUUCUCCACCUUCCGGUUCUUCCCCGGUUGAAAAGGCUUUCCGUCGGAUGCGUGCAAUUUUCCGAUUUGAAAAUUCGUUUCCCUUCAGCGCAAGAUAACAAGGAUGUGGUCGACUAUGAGAGGCACCUUCCCAGACUUGACGCCCUCUCGUUAUACAUGUUCCCCUGUUCUUCCUACGCGUUACCUGAUGUAUGGAAAGUUGAAGGGGACAAACUGGAGAAUUUUUUCCCCACGCGGGACAGAAAUGGGGCGCCGAUUGAGACGAGAUGUGUCACGUUGAGGAAACUUGACCCUCGUGUCUACGUCCCAGGACAUUCUUGGCAGCCAGUCGAGUUUCAUCCCGACUUUCCUCUCACAAGGAUGUUUCCAAACGUGUGGAAUGAGUGGAUGACGAAGCGUAGGAGAGAGGAAUCGUUAUCUAGGACCAGGAACGACAUGGAAGCAAACUCCGAGCCCGGACAAGGAUAACGCAGCUUAAGAGUGCCGUGCAAUUAUUUAAAAAUGAUGAAUUUCUAUUUAUUUACAUACGUAAAACCAUUUCUGUUUUUGGAUUUUCUUUCGUGCUUUUAUAUUAUUCAUGCGAUAUGUAGUUUGGAUUUGACUUUGGCUAGAUUAGAUUAAUAAGAACGAGUGCUCAACAAUAUUGUCGGUAUGUAUGCAAAUGUGUAUCAAUUCUUUCAUCGUUUUCCAUGCAAAUAUAAUUAAAACGUUUUAAAAACGCA